AUGAAGCCGGAGGCUCUAAACAAAACGGCCAGUUUGAAGGUCCGUGUGCCCGACAGAACCCGCUUCGUCCAACGGUGUUCCCUCGGAUUUCACGACGUCCUGAACCAGUUCAACACCAAGACGCAGACGGGAAGAAAGCGUGUCCAAGAAGAACUGGAUGGCAGUCGAGCGCGUCAUUUCGGCAAGCCAUACGAAGGCUUGAGUAGUUAUGAGACCCAAGAAGACGAGGACACCGACAGUGAUUUCAGCGACACUGAAAGCUACUAUACCACCUCAUCAAACGUAGACCUUACGUUCGGAGAUGCAGCCGAGCGUUAUGGCCCGCUCGACGUUCGAAGUUAUGGAGUCUCUCAUACCAUGGACAAGGGCGGCAGCAGUGGCAGUUCGGGUAUUGAUAGCGACACAGUCAGCGAUGGGGACACUGAAUCGACUAUGGCGUCCAUUGUAGGUAUCCGUACCGAGGAGGAUGCCUUCAAGCAUGAUGCAACGAACGUCGGAUGUGUGGAAACGGAUUGCAAGGAUUGUCAGCCACAAAAUCACGAUUCAUCCAAAAACGAAGCAGCUCACCUCCAUCCCAGGAAUGAGCGUCCGAUUACAAUGGAGAAGGUACUAGGACCGUCAUCGAGCUGUUUUACCAGGCUUUACGGAACGACCCCUUCAGUCAGACCAAAUACGCCUGCAUCAUGCUGGCCUUCCACACAGAAACCUAGUGCUGAUCCGCCCACUAUCUUUGGCCCGAAGGAUACGGAUACUGCGCACCUUGAAUUUGAAAUUUUGGACGAAUGGAGCGGGCCCCGUGCUCUGGUGCUGGAAUCGCUCGAAUACGGAACAAGCAGCAGGUUGGAGAUACAUAUUUCCAAGGGCCUCCAUGUAGUGGCACCAGGCGCGAAGUCUAAGGUGCACAACAUGGUUUCGGAUUCACCACUUGUCAAACUUAUCCUCGCUCUCAAAAUCAUCGGGGAGAACAGUGGACCUUUCUACCGCCGUUUUCAAAAUGUCAGAUACGGUUCUUCAGGGAAAUUGAAGGUGGAUGUUCUUCCAGGAUUCCGGGUAGCGGUAACCAGCCCGUCCAGCUCCGAAGAGCGGGAGGAAACGAUCGCUUCUAUGCCGGGUGCAUCCCCCUUAACGGUGGGAGACCCCUGGAAUUCUUUAUUCCAAGGAUUGAAUUCAAUGUCGGCGGAGUGCGCGGCACCAACAUCGGAUGAAGCAACGGCACUGGUAGCUUCCUCAAGUCCUUUGGUAUCUUCUCAACAGCCGGUUUCGCCUGAUGAUUCGAGUUGUCCCGCCUCACAUUCAUCAGAUACCAUGCACGAUGUUGCAGCUGCCCAGGGUGCGAAACUAAAAGCGAAUCGCGCCGACCGUUGGUUACUGAGUGUGUUAAGAUGUAAGGACUGGAGACGCGCAUUCGAUACGUGGCGUGAGUUGCAUCUAGGGAACUGUUUGCAUUUCGAGUGUCGCUCUUUGCACCAAUCGGGCAUGGGCUCAUACUCAUCUUUAGUCCCUACAUGUGUGGAUUUUAGACGAGGACUGAUGGCCAGGACCAUUUUCCACAUCAAGACCUGUCACAAAUGCGGUGCUCAACGAGUUCCCACACCACUCUGCACCAAAUCAACGGGCGCUGAAAAUCCUCCGUGCAUUCAGUUGUCGUCACAGCUUGACUCCCUACGGUCAUCCAAGGAAGCCUUAGACAGCGAUUCAGAGACUUGCAUUCCAUCAGACCCUGACCCCUUCCCGUCAUCCAAAGGGGUCUGGGACAGCGACUCGAACACCCAGGUACGAUCAGACCCUGAUUUGCUCCAGUCUCCCAUCGGAAUCUCAAUAUGCAACUCGUCGGAACCCGCACGAUUUCGUCAGACUGUAAUAGAACCUUUGAGAAAGAUCGCACCCGAGGAACAGCUGUCCUCUUUGGGAUUGGAUCCUCCGGAACGUUCCCAGCUGAUAGGUUCGCCGAAUGUUAACUGGCAAGAGGCUGUUUACGAUUCACCCUGCCCUGAGAACUGCAACGAAUUGCCCUGUUUUAAGGAACGCGACGGCGUCAAUCUUCUUUCAGCGCCGUGUUCCAUUCGCAGUCGCUCGCCGUAUCCAAGUGUUACCGCCCCUUUGCCGAACACCAACAACACCAACCCAUGUGAUCGUAUGAAGGUUCGCAUUCGUCGAGCUACCCACAAGAUUGCGUCUGCAGCUCUAGUAAGAGAGUCGAAAGCUGCGUUGGCGGCAUUAAAGUGGAAGGGCAGAAGAGUAUUCAACAAAGUGAUGCUUAUGUUAGGCAUCAAAGAGGUAAAAUAUUAUGAAGCACUCUUGAAGGAAUGGGCCGUGUAA